GCAAGGCGUAGAUAAUCAUAGUGCGCAACAUAGAAAGGGCACCAAUUAAGCAAAUAAUAAAAACAAAGACAGAGGAAGACAGACGUGAACUUUCGUUUUGGUGAUAGAAAUGAUACCAUCAGACAUGGAAAUUGAUGGCACGAAAGGCUGCUUGGAAGACGUUUUUUGUAAUGAACCAGACAAGUGGAUGGAGGCUGUUAGGAAUGUGAAGAAUAUGGUCAUUGGAAACAAUAAACAGAAAUCUGAAAUGAUUUCACAAGGAAUAAUGCCAAGGUUGCUACAGUGGAUGAUAGAUGAAUUGUCUCCUAUUAAUUUGCGGACCGAAUCGGCUGUGGUGCUGGGAAGUUUGUCUAAAGGAACUGAUGACAAUAUUAAUGCCAUUGUAGACGCUGGAUGUGUAUCAGUCUUGUUGAAAGGUUGGUAUAGUUCAGAAAUAAAACUCUUUGUCACAGAUUGA